AUGGUAAUAGUGAGGCACUACUUCACUACGAAACAUCACAGCCCCGGGCAAAAUUUGACCCACCUCGACGAACCGAGUUGGUGUUGUCGGAACAUGGUCGGGCUGCUUCUCGUCGCUCGACUAACUAAAUCGGGUGACGAGCUGCCUGCUGUUGUCAUUAGUUGCACCUUCGAGCCAGCCGACGAAGCCGCACAACCCAUUCGGCACAUCGGUCUCGGCAACAGAACCCGUAGUGUGCAGCAUGAGGAGGCCGACCACAUCUGGCACGAACUACAUGCUCUCUUGCCUAACAUUCAAACUUCUCCUCCACUUCGUGUGUUAUCUACGGACGAAGCAGAUGCGGAUGAGCUACAAGUCACUAUGGUAACAGCCCUCCGAGGACUGAGCGAAAUGAUAACGCCGGGAUUUCGGACUAUCUAUCACGCACAUACGAUAGUGUGA